AUGUGGGGUCGAGGAAUUGAGUUAAAUGGGUAUGUUACUGCUAGCUUAUUGACUGCAUUUAGUCGGUCAGAGGGCAUGGUUCUUGAAGGACUUCAGAUCCAUGGUUUGGUGUUCAAGAACGGUUUGUUAUAUGAUGUUUUUGUGGGUACUUCUCUUUUGCAUUUUUACGGCAUGUAUGGGCUUCUUUCUAGUGCUAGAACAGUUUUUGAGGAGAUGCCUCAUAGAAACGUGGUUUCUUGGACUUCAUUGAUGGUCGAUUAUUCAGAUGUUGGAGAUUUCUAUGAGGUUGUUAAAUUAUAUCAAAGGAUGAGAUGUGAAGGUAUUAGCUGUAAUCAGAAUACAUUUACUACAGUUAUUAGUUCUUGUGGGGCUCUUGAUGAUGAAUUUUUGGGUCAUCAAGUGCUUGGACAUGUUAUAAAGUCAGGGAUUGAGAGUAAUGUAUCUGUAGCAAAUUCUAUUAUAUCGAUGUUUGUUUUUGCCGAUAACUGGCUCUGUAAUGAGUCGCUUAGAUUCUUUCAUUUGAUGCGUCUUGAGCAUGGAGAGAUUAAUGCAACUACACUUUCAGCAGUGUUGGUAGUCUGUGGUUCUGUGGAUUACUUGAAAUGGGGUAGAGGAAUUCACAGUUUAGUAGUGAAAUUGGGAUUGGAUUCUAAUGUCUGCAUAUCAAACACUCUUCUUACUAUGUAUUUUCAGAGUGGAAGAUAUAAAGACGCCGAAAAGUUGUUCCAAAGAAUGGCAGAGAAGGAUAUGAUCUCGUGGAAUUCGAUGAUGACUGGUUAUGUUUUGGAAGGGAAAUGCUUAGAUGCCUUGAAAGUGUUGAAUGAACUGCGCCACAUGGGGAAAAUGAUGAACUUCGUGACCUUUGCAAGUGUACUGGCUGCUUGCUCUAAUGCUGAAUUUCUUGUUGAAGGCAGGAUCAUGCAUUCACUUGUAACCAUAUCUGGGUUUCAUCAGAAUCUGGUAGUUGGAAAUGCACUAGUUACCAUGUAUGGAAGGUGUGGCAUGAUGCAGGAAGCCAGAAAGGUAUUUCAGAUGAUGCCUGAGAAAGAGUUGGUUACAUGGAAUGCACUGAUUGGUGGAUAUUCAGAGAACCAAGAAUGUGAUGAGGCAUUGGAAACUUUUAAAUUGCUGCGACAAAAUGGCGAAUCUCCAAACUACAUUACCCUGAUAAAUGUUCUUGGAUCCUUUUCAGAUCCAGGCAACCUACUGAAGUGCGGAAUGCCCUUGCAUGCUCAUAUUAUACUGACUGGAUUUGAAACAGAUGAAUAUGUAAAGAACUCCCUUAUCACAAUGUAUGCUGAUUGUGGUGAUCUUAAUUCAAGUAACCAUAUGUUUUAUGGAUUACUUAAUAAAACGCAUGUAACUUGGAAUGCCAUGGUUGCUGCAAACGCUCAGCAUGGCCAAUGGGAGGAGGCUCUAAAACUUCUUCUAGAUAUGCAGAGAACUGAGUUGAAUUUCGAUCAAUUCAGUCUUUCUGCAGGCCUUGCUGCUUCAGCAAAUUUGGGUAUCUUGGAGGAUGGCCAGCACCUUCAUAGUUUGGCUAUUAAACUUGGAUUUGACGGUUAUCACUAUGUGAAAAAUGCUACAAUGGACAUGUAUGGAAAGUGUGGAGAAAUGAAUGAUCUGCUAAAAAUGCUUCCAGAACCGAGAAAGCGAUCAAGAUUAUCGUGGAACAUAUUAUUAUCAUCUUUCGCCAGACAUGGAUACUUUCAGAGGGCAAGGGAAAUUUUUCAUGAAAUGCUAGAGCAGGGGCGUGCUAAGCCCUUUAGGCCAUCAACGAGCUUUGAUGAUAGCUUUGUACAGUUUGAAUGA